CCGGUGUUCACCGUCUAUUUCGGGUCCAAGCCCAUCGUGGUGCUGUGCGGGCACGAGGCAGUGAAGGAAGCGCUGGUGGACCAGGCCGAGGAGUUUAGCGGGAGAGCCCACAUACCGACUGUGGAGAAGAACUUUCACGGCUUUGGGGUGGUUUUUGCCAACGGGGAGCGGUGGCGGCAGCUACGCCGGUUCUCCCUCACCGUCCUGCGGAACUUCGGCAUGGGGAAGAAAAGCAUCGAGGAGCGGAUCCAGGAGGAGGCCCAGUUCCUGCUGGAAUCCUUUCGAAAUACAAAAGCGGAACCUUUUGACCCGACGUACUUCUUGAGCCGGGCCGUCUCCAACGUCAUCUGCUCCAUCGUCUUUGGCGACCGCUUCGACUACGAAGACAAAGAGUUCCUGUCCUUGCUGCAGAUGAUGAACGAAAGCUUUAGAGAGAUCAGCACCCCGUGGUCACAGUUCUACGACAUGUAUGCAGAUUUUCUCAAAUACUUCCCUGGCCCUCACAUGAAAAUCUACUACAUACUGGAAGACAUGAGGAAAUUUAUUGAGAGGAGAGUGAAGCAGAACCAAGCAACGCUGGAUGCCAAUUCCCCCCGGGAUUUUAUCGACUGCUUCCUGAUCCAAAUGGAAAAGGAAAAGCAAAACCCUUCCAGCGAAUUUAACACCAAGAACUUGGAGCUGACCACGCUCAACUUGUUCUUCGCCGGCACGGAGACCGUCAGCUCCACCCUGCGAUACGGGUUCCUGCUCCUGAUGAAACACCCAGAGGUCCUAGGGAAGAUGCACGAGGAGAUCGACCGGGUGAUCGGCCAGAGCCGCGUCCCGGCCAUCGAGGACCGGAGCCAGAUGCCCUACACCGACGCCGUCAUCCACGAGAUCCAGCGGGUCAGCGACCUGAUCCCCAUGGACUUGCCCCACAUCGUGACCCGGGACACCCAGUUCAGAGGCUACACCAUCCCCCAGGGCACCGAGAUCUACCCCAUGCUCAGCACCGUCCUGCGCGACCCCAGCAAGUUCAAAACCCCCGAAAGCUUCAACCCCGGGAACUUCCUGGAGGAGACGGGGCGGUUCCGGAAAAACGACGCCUUCGUGCCCUUUUCCUCAGGUGAGCUGCCUAAUGCGGAC